GAUAAAGCAGAGAUCAUAAGUCUUAGUGGAGGUGGGAGUUAUCACACAACACAGCGGCUUGAAAUAUUAUUCAUAUUUCAGAGAAUAGUCGACGACUAGUAUCGUUGAUAUUCAUACAUAUUUAUUCUAACACUGUGUCCAAUUAGAUAGGUUUUUCAAAAGCGCUUCAUAUUGUUUACCAAAGAAAUGGUGAUGGAGAAGCCAAGUUCCCUGCUGGUCGGCCGGGAGUUCGUGAGGCAGUACUACACACUGCUAAACAAGGCACCAGACUUCCUCCACAGGUUCUAUGGAAGGAACUCCUCCUACGUUCACGGUGGUCUCGACUCCAACGGCAAGGUGGCGGAAGCGGUCUACGGCCAAGCGGAGAUCCACAAAAAGGUGAUGUCCCUGCAGUUCAGCGAGUGCCACACGAAGAUCAGGCAGGUUGACGCUCACGCCACGCUGAACGACGGCGUGGUCGUCCAGGUGAUGGGAGAGCUGUCCAACAAUGGACAGCCAAUGAGGAAGUUCAUGCAGACGUUCGUGCUCGCCCCAGAGGGAUCUGUGGCAAACAAGUUCUACGUACACAACGACAUAUUCCGCUACGAGGACGAGGUGUUUGGCGACUCAGAGGCUGAGCUGGAUGAGGAGUCAGAAGAGGAGGUGGAGGAGGAGGCGGAAGAGAGGCCAGUGUCCCCAGAACCCCUGCAGGACAGCCCGAACAGCACCACCUACUACGAACCCCACCCUGUCUCUAACGGUGUAGAGGAGCCCAUGGAGGAGCCGGUGCCGGAGCCAGAGGUGGAGGGGGAACCAGAGCCCAAGACCGAGGAGGCCAAGCCCGAGGUGGAGGAGAAGGUUCUGGAGGAGGUGGAAAAGGCCCCCUCUCCGCCCCCCAUGGAGUCCCCACCCCACACCCAGGAGCCCCCCAAGGUGAGGUCCCCACCCCACACCCAGGAGCCCCCCAAGACCUUCUCCUGGGCCUCAGUGACCAGUAAGAACCUGCCACCCAGCGGAUCCGUUCCCGCCUCCGGGAUCUCGCCCCACGUUGUCAAGGCACCCAGCUCGCAGCAGCCCAGAGUGGAGGCCAAGCCAGAGGCCCAGACAGCCCCCAGCCGGCCCCGGGAUCAGCGCACGCGUGACAGACCGGCGUUCGUACCGCGGGGGGCCAGGCCUGAUGGUGUUGCGUCUUCAGAAUCACAAACGGGGAAACCACACUUCAGUUUUGUCAACAAAGGGCGUGGCGACUCUGAGUCGAGUGAGCUGGACAACAGAAGAGUGGUUCGCUACCCUGACAGCCACCAGCUGUUCGUGGGAAACCUUCCUCACGACAUCAUCGAGAGUGAGCUCAAGGAGUUCUUCAUGACGUUCGGUAACGUGGUGGAGCUGAGGAUCAAUACGAAGGGCGUCGGAGGGAAGCUGCCAAACUUCGGCUUUGUGGUGUUCGACGACUCCGACCCCGUGCAGAGGAUCCUGGGAGCCAAGCCCAUCAUGUUCCGGGGCGAGGUGCGUCUGAACGUGGAGGAGAAGAAGACCCGAGCGGUGCGUGAGCGUGAGACUCGAGGCGGCGGCGGUGACGAGCGCAGGGACAUGCGGCGUAGCGACAGAGGCCCCGGGGGGCCCCGCAGCAUCGUGGGCACCGGAGGAGGCAUGAUGCGGGACGGCAGGGGCCCGCCACCGCGUGGGGCCAUGGCCCCCAAACCUGGCCUGGGCUCCGGCAGGGGGGCAGGGGGGCAAGGCCAGGGUCAAGGAGAGGGCCGCUUCACCACCCAGCGCCGCUGAGGACAGCGCCCCUGCAGUUUCGGAAGUAGUACCACGUUCUUCAUCUGCUCUACCGCGUUCUCGUUAACGAUUUAAAAAAAAUAAGUCUACAUGUAUAAACGUAUAUACUUUUGUUUUGUUUUUUUGUUGAGAAAUUUUAUUUUUUAUUUCUUUCCCUUUUUCUUGGGUUUUUUGAAAUGUGACGACAUGUCAAGUUUCUUCUGUGGAUGAAACCAAGAUGAGCAAAACAGUUUGGCUGUUUUCUUUCUGUGUUCUGGUCUCACGAGCAGUGUGUCCUGUUUCAAAAACAUUCAUUUGUAAAUUUGAGGAAAAAUAAAACGUCAGACCAACCAGGACUGAUCCUCAUCAAGAGACUGGACUGAUCUGCCUCCCCUGCCCACAGGUCCACCAUUUGGAUAAGAGAUUAUAUCCCUUGAUUAGCCAGGGGCGCUACUUCACAAAAAUCCCUCUCGUGCACAUUUUUAUAGAUGGUGGUUUCUCUACCCAGUGACUGUUGGGGUGGGGGGGGGGGUGCAGUUUGAGGGAGAAAAGCAGAUGCGUGUUUUGUUCCUUUUGUUUGGAAAGAACACUGCUUCAAAACAGAGUUGCUUGAUGCUCUCAUCAGCGGGCCGAGAGGGGGCACCCUUCGUUCACACUGGUGUCGUGGAACGCAGGAACAUCUGGGGGUGGGGGGGCUGUCUGCUCUGAUCAAUGAGCUCUCUCCUUUCUACCCAGAGAAACACUUCAAUAUUUACAAGACAACAGCCAACCAACCCUACCAGAAACACCACUGACCCUAACCAGAAACGCCACUGACAUGUGACUUCUUUACUUCCUCCCCUCCCCCUCCACUUUUCUUUUCAUUAAUUGAAAUAAAAGCUCUCAAACUGGACUUUACUUUAGAACAUUAGGCUGGGGGAGCGGGGGGGUGAAGCUGAGGAAGUGACUUCUCAUCUUCGUUUGUUGAUGUUUAUUGUUUCUCUCUUCUGCUCCAUCUGUGAUACCAUGAUCCUGGGACGGCUCCUCCUCUUCCAACACCAUCUGAACCUGGAACAGAAUAAAUGUACAAAUCAUAGUUUACUGUAUGUUUGUUUUUGGUUUUUAGUUUUUUUUUCAACUUGAUAUAAAAAAGCAUGAUGGUG